AUAAUAAUAAUAAUAAUAAUAAUGCUCUUUUUUUAAUGAUCAAUUUACUAUAUAUAUGUAUAUACAUAUGUAAUAAGUAGUAACUAUGUUCUUAUAUUAUGGAAUAUUAUAUAUUCUAUUUUAUAAUUAUCAAUUAAUUUAUACAUUAACAGUCAAUAAUCCAAUUGUAAUUACAUUUGUUAUUGAAGAGAAUGCAUCAAUUGGUUCUGAAGUUGGAUUAAUUUCUUUAGAACCAAAAUCGAAUGAAAAUAUAAAGAAACAACAUACUACUACUAGUACCAGUACUACUACUAAUAAUAUAAGUAGUAUUAAUAAGACAAAUGAUUAUUUAACAUUUACAUUACAAGAUACAACCUAUUUUAAUUUUGAUAAAAUUAUAUUAAAUAAAUUAAUUGUAUGUAAAUUAUUGGAUAGAGAUUUAGAUAGAAAAUUAUGUAAUGAAAUUGGUUGGCCAGAAAUUUGUGCAUGGUCUGGUGUUAUCUUUGUUAAUGAUGGUAGAUUAUUAAGUUUACGUAUUAUUAUACGUGAUAUUAAUGAUAAUAUACCGAAAUGGUUAACAAAAGAUAAUAUGGAUAAGCCAAUAUUAGAAAUAUGGAUUAUAGAAAAUUCACCAAUUGGUACUAUCUAUGAUUUACCACUAGCAUAUGACCCAGAUAUUGGAGAGAAUUCUAUUAUUAAAUAUGAAAUAGCUAAUAUGAAUCAUAUUGAUAAUAAUACAUUAUCAUUAUUUCAAAUUAUUAAUUUACCUAAUCCUAAUGGACCAAUAUUUCAAAUGAUUAUCAAUGGUAUAUUAGAUCGUGAAUUAUUAUCUAUAUAUGAAUUAACUGUAGCCGCUGUUGAUGGUGGAGGAAAUCGUGGUUAUGCAAAAUUAAUUAUACAUAUUGCUGAUGAAAAUGAUAAUACACCAAUGUUUAAACAUUGUAAUAAUAGUUAUAUAAAUAAAACAGAAUUGAUGAUGAAACAAACAUGUGAAAUGAUUGUCAAUAUCGAUGAAGAUAUCCCAGUUGGAAGUACAUUACCAGUACAUCCAAUAGCAAAUGAUAUGGAUGAAGGAGAAUUUGGUCAUGUGACUUAUCGAUUUGCUUUAUCAGCACCAGAUGUAGCAAGAAGAGAUUUUAAAAUUGAUCGUGAAACUGGUGCAAUUAUUAUUCGAGCUGCAUUAGAUUAUGAUACUGGUGGAUUAACUCAAUAUAUAUUUAAUAUUGUUGCUGAAGAUGGUGGUCUACCUCCAUUAACAGCAACAACACGAAUAAUUAUUAAUAUACAAGAUAAAAAUGAUAAUGCACCACAGAUUACAAUUACACCAGCAUUUUUACAAGAAGAUAAUUAUAAAUCAUUAGUAUAUUACCAGAAUAAAACAAAACUUACCAAUAUAGAUACAAUGAAAUCAACUUUACGUCUAGUUGAAAAUACAUCACCUGGAGCAUUGAUUGCAACAAUUACAGCAUAUGAUCCAGAUUCUGAAGACAAUGGUAAAUUUACAUGUGAAUUAGGUCAUACAGAUGAAUUAAAUUUAAUUUAUUUAAGAAAUUUAGGUAAAAUUAGUGUUUAUCAAUUAAGUUCAUUACGUCCAAUUGAUCGUGAAAUACAACCGGAAUUACGUGUUACUUUAAAAUGUGAAGAUAAUGGUAUAAAUAGUAAACAAAAAACAAUUGAAUUAUUAACUAUACAUAUAUUGGAUAUAAAUGAUAAUUCACCAAAGUAUACAAAUAAACGUUACAGUUUUCAAGUAUCCGAAACCAAUGAUAUCGGAUUAUUGAUUGGAGAAGUUACAGCACUGGAUCCUGAUCUUGGAUUAAAUGGUGAACUGAAUUAUUCUAUUCACUGGCCUCCAGGACAAGGGCCGAAUCCUUUUGAAGUUAAUGAAAAAGGUGAACUAAUAACUCGUAUGCCACUGGAUAGAGAAAAUCAACCCGAAGGUUAUCACUUUAUUGUAAAUGUACAUGAUAAUGGUGAACCACAAUUAUCUGGAUCAACACAUGUAGAAAUUGCUUUAAUUGAUGUCAAUGAUUGUCGUCCAAUAUUUACACAAAUUAAUUAUCAUUUUUCAGUAGAUGAAGAAUUAGAAAUGAAUUAUACAGUUGAAUCCUAUGUAAUUGGUCAAGUUAAAGCAACUGAUUGUGAUAUUGGUUUGAAUGCUCAGUUAAUUUAUUCACUUGAUACUACAAUAAAUUAUAAAAUGGAUCAUCCAUUUCAAGUAACAGAAGAUGGUUACGUAAAAACAACAAAAAGCAUUGAUCGUGAAACACAUCCAGCCUUUUUACUUCAAGUUUUAGCUACCGACAAUCCACAAACGCCGGAAAAGCAACUUACAGCUACAGCACAAGUUCAUAUAACCAUCUUAGAUAUUAAUGAUAAUGAACCGGUAUUUCAAAGACCACCAUUCGAUAAUGGGACUAAUGAGGUGGAAAUAUCAUAUAAUGAUGUUCCAGGUCAUUUAAUAACAAAAGUUGAAGCAAUUGAUAAAGAUAUUGGUGCAAAUGGAAAAAUUCUAUUUUCAUUUAAUCAUAAACAAUCUAUCAAUCCAAUGUUUGUUAUAAGAGAAAAUACUGGUGAAAUAUUUUUACAAAAAGAAUUAUCCAUUAAAGAUAUAGGAACUAUACCCCUCGUGAUUUUGGCUACAGAUAUGGGAUUAGUUCCUAAGACCACAACAACGACGAUUUUUAUAAAAAUAUCAGAUAGACCAACGAAUAUGUUUCGUUUUAAUGCAUUAAAUCAACAGGAUUCAUCUGGUCAACAAUUGACCACAUCAUUAUUUACUAAUUUCAAUGUAGAUGCCAAUAAAUUUAUUAUUAUUUGUAUUAUAUUAAUUACUUUUGUUAUAUGUACAGUAUUGAUUUCUGUCAUAUUUACUAUAUCACGUAAUGGUAGUAGUUGUCGAGUUUUCAAUAAGAAAUCUACGAUUACAACAAAACCAAUGACUACAUAUAAUGAUAAUACAAAUGGUUAUCAUACUAGUAUAGUGGAAAAAUCUCCACCAGAUAUAACUAAUGUUUCAAUUCCUGGUAAAUCUAUGAAUUAUCCAUUUGAUUGUAUAGAUGUGAAUACAUUUGAACAGAAUACUAAUUAUUUACCAUCAUUUUAUGAGCAAACAACCUCAAUGACAAUACCAUAUACAUUUCAUGAAACUGGUUUAAGAUUUUAUGAUCAAUUAAUGCCGACUAAUGAUGAAUUGUUAAAUGGCUUUCAAACUAUGGAAAAUGGUAUUCCAAUUCAAACAUCAUCAACUAAUUUAACUGGUAAUGAACAAACUGAACCAUUAAUUCAUAAUGAUAAUAAUAAUCAUAUAAAAACUUUUGAUGAACCAUUAUUUACUACUAAUAGAUUAAUUACUAAUUAUUAUCCAAAUCCUACAAAUAUUUCUCAUUAUAAAUUGAAUGAUACAUUAUCUAUUCAUCAUUCAAAUCAAUUAUUCAAUCAUAAAACUAAUAAUCAUUCAAUAGAACAUUCAAAAUAUUCUAAUUCUAUAAUAAAUCUUCAUUCAAUUCCCCCUUAUUCAAAUAAUAAUAAUUCAAUAAAUCAAUAUCCAAUCACAUCAAAUCAAUUUAAUUAUGAUAAUUCUUUUUUUUAUUAAAAAAUAAAUUAAUUUAAUUAUACAAUUUAAUUGAUUAUUAUUUAUAGAUAAAUUCAAUAUGUAAAAAAAAUAAUUUUCUUUUUUUUGGGAAUAAAAUUUUUUUUAUCCAUUUAAAGGAUACAAAAAUCAAACUGAGGAACAUUUCAAACAAUAACAACACACACACACACAUACAUUAUAAUAAUAAGAAAACAAACAAACAAUCUCUUAUUGAACACAAUGAACUGUUAGUUAAGAUGGAUACAUAAACUGUUGUAUUAUUUAUAGAUAUCAUUAUCAAAAUUUGACUUGAUAAUUUUGAAUAAAUUGAGC